UUUCAAUUUUUUUUUUUUUAAAAAGGAACAAAAGCGGCCAAGGCAGGGCUCCCUCACUCAGAUAUCCAGAUGUUCGCAGCUCAACUGCAGCUUAAAGCACCUCUACAGAGUCCUCACUUCCUCCUCUGCCUCGGCGUUCUUAUUCAUUCCCUCCAAAAUCUACCCGCCAUUAAUCCUUCGUGUAUGUAUAAUACCUAUGAUUCUUCUUUGAUUAAGAUUUCGAGAAGGAGGAGGAGAAGAAUUAAUUUGACGUAGAAGAAUGAGAGGAGGCAGCACGGUGCAACAAUCUCUGAGCCCGGAGGCGGCGAGCGUGGUGGGACAAGCCGUCGGGUUGGCGCAGCAGCGUGGCCACGCGCAGGUCACCCCGCUCCACGUCGCCAGUGUCAUGCUCUCCUCUUCCGGGGCCGGCGGCCUCCUCCGCGCUGCCUGCCUCCGCUCCCAUUCCCACCCACUUCGCUGCAAGGCCCUCGAGCUCUGCUUCAACGUCUCCCUCAACCGCCUCCCCACCGCCGCAGCCGCUGCUUCCCCUUCCUCCUCUUCCUCCUGUUCUCUCCUCGGCGCCUACAGCCACCACCACCACCACCACCACCUCCAACGGCCCCCGGGCCUCUCCAAUGCCCUGGUCGCCGCCUUCAAGCGCGCCCAGGCUCACCAGCGCCGCGGCUCCGUGGAAGCCCAACAGCAGCCGCUGCUCGUCGUCAAGGUCGAGCUCCACCAGCUGGUCGUCUCCAUCUUGGACGACCCCAGUGUGAGCAGAGUCAUGCGGGAGGCCGGGUUCUCCAGCACCCAAGUCAAGUGCAAUGUUGAGCAAUCUGUGUCUCCCGCCGCCGAAGACUCCUACUCUCUCUCGCCGUUACGCAAGAAAACAAGGUGUCUAGAGUACUCUGCUCGAGCGCGAGAGGACGACGUCGACGGCGUCAUGGAUUCGCUGGCGAGAGCCAAUAAACAGAGCGGUUUCGUGCUAGUCGCGGAAAAUUUAGCCACCUGCGAAGCCGUCAUGAGAAGGAUCAUGGAGAGGGCCGUGAGCGGCGACGUCCCUCAAACUCUCCGGAGCCUCCAGCUCACAAGCCUCUCACUCUCUUAUUUCGAGCGCUCUUCCAGACUGGAGGUGGAAGAGAAGACUAAGGAACUGAGUAACCUCGUGAAGGGAAGUAGCAGCCUAAUCUACUUGGGAGAUCUCACUGGGUGUGAUCACAAAGAAGGGAGCUUGCGUUCCUUCAAGGCGCACGCAGUCAUGGAGCUUGGAAGAUUGCUCUCUCAUGGCGUAGAUGGUGGCAAGAUUUGGGUUGUGGGAAUAGCAACAUCCCACACUUACAAGAGUUCCAUCUCCUGGCUUGGUUCUUUAGGAGUUCUUGAUGUUGAGCCGUUGUUUGUUCCCGGUGGAGGCUUGGACUUGAGCCUCAGCGUUGACAGCAUUGGAGCUGACAGGCAUGUUCGAGGACAGGGGCUUGGUGUGGAACCAUCCUGGCAACUAGAAGCUCGAGAGAGGAACAAGAGCUUCGGCUCUUCUGAUUGGUGCAGCAUGCUAAAAGGGCCUCAAAGAACUAGUGCUAAUGGUGGACACGGCUUGCCUUCAUGGCUUCAAAAUCUUGAAAAAGGAGGCAUAUCAUCAGAUACUCCUAAGCUUGCUGAUCUAUGCAAGUGGGGCACCUCAAGCAACUCAAACCAACCAAAGAAAACACUCAAUUUCUCUUGGAGUUCUCCGUCUUCUUCCAUCCAAGGAAAGGAAAAAGAUUCCUGUCAUGAGUUCAAUUUCUGGAUGAAUCGAGCUAGUCACAAGGACCAUAAUCAGGAUCUAAUGCCAGCCAUCAAUAAUGAGAAACUCUGUGUUAAUAGGAGCUCCUCUAGUGACUCCAUGGAACUUGAACACGCCCCAAAAUUCAAGGAGCUGAGUGCUGAGAAUCUUAAGACGCUAUGUAUUGCAUUGGAGGAGCAAGUCCCGUGGCAGAAGCACAUCAUCUCUGACAUAGCAAGCACCAUUCUUCAAUGCAGGUCCGGCAUGCGGAGAAGGAAGGAGCAAUCAGAACCGGCGGAGGCAAAGCAAGAGACAUGGCUGCUCUUCCAAGGUAGUGAUUUCGAAGGCAAAGUGAAGAUUGCCAUGGAGCUAGCUAGAUUAGUCUUUGGUUCUUACACCGACUUCAUUCCGAUUAGUUCAGAAGCAAGCCAUGGCUACCUUGAACGGUUUGCUGAAGCAAUUAGAGAUAAUCCUCAUAGUGUCAUCUUGAUGGAAGAGAUUGAGCAAGUGGACUACCAAAUGCAAGAAGGUAUUAUGAAUGCAAUAGGAAGUGGAAGGAUUAAGAGGUCCAGUGGAGAGGAGAUUGGUGUGAGUGAUGCUAUCAUCAUCUUGACUUGUGAAAGCUUUGAGCACACCAGUUCUAGUGCAUGCUCUAGUCCUAGAGCUAAGCCAAGAUUGAAUUUUGAUGACGAGAAGGAUGCUAAGGAUACCCAUCCUUUUGUUCUGGAUCUGAACCUUUCUGCCCCUGGUGAUGUGGAUGCUGUGGAGCUUUCCGAGCUUGUUGAUAGAACAAUAAUUUUUAAACUGCCUCAACACAAUUGAUUUUGUUAAGUUUGAAUGGUGCAGCUGGGUUGAUUAGGAAUGCUUAGAAGUGAGGCAUGUGUAUUUGCUGCUUGUUAUCCACACAGUUAGAAUUCAAAUAUUC